CACAUCACUGCUGGUCCAGGCUGCAGGAAACUAAAUAGCUCAAUCAGGAAGUAACUCAACUACUUCAAGACACAUUCUCUCCUCAUGCUUGCUUUUAUUUUAUUUUAUUUAUUUUUGUAUUCAUUAUUUUUGUUCUACUUGUGAUAGCAUGAAGCUUCCAAGCUUGCUACAACUUGACAUGUGCUGAUGAGAGGGGGCAGGAAGCUAUGCCAGAUCCACCUGAUAGGACCCAGCAUCAGAGGAGUUAACUGUCUGUACACACACUAAAAAAAAAGAGAAAAAGAAACUCAGGUUGAGUCAACAGCUCAUUGUUUAGGAUUUGGUUUUAUUGUGUGUACCCAUGAUCUACCCAGAAAACCACAGAACAAGCCACAAGUUCAACCAAGAAGCACUCUCCACAGCCCACUCCACCUCCAUGGGAAGCCACUAGUUGGGAUGAGGAGCAAGUCCUGUACCCUUUGUAUAGAGAGGUGUCCACAGCCACCCAACUCAAAGCAAUUGGAAACACACAGGAGAAAAACUACUGAAAACUGAUCUUAUCUCCCUGUCUGUCUUUAUACAGCUUGUACUGGAUUUUUUAUUUUUUUAUUUUUGUGCUGUGUUAGAGCUAUGUGUCAAUCUUUGAUGAAUUGAAUAUUCCUUGUGAUUGGAAACCCACACCUCUCCCACCACAGCAGAUAGCUCCUCACACCCAGAAAGGGGGGGGGGGAUCUGUUUGUUGCAGAGGGUUAAAGGGGGCUACAAACACCCUUAUUAUUCUCGGAAGAAGACACGAAUGUAUUUUGUGUUUUAUUGGGACUUUAGAAAAAUAACUUGGAAGAAAAAACUCACCGGAUGGUAGUCCUGUUGAGGGUAUCAGGGUAAAUGGGACUGUGAGAUAAACAAGAAGUGAAUAUUAAAAAGUUUGGGGGAAGAAUUGCUCAAUCAGAGCCGUGAGACUGUAGGGAGUUGUUGCAUUGCUUAGAAUCUUGCCUGUUGAUACAUUGUUGCCGGUCCUGCUGGGGCACACGGGGCUGUUGUCUCUGAGCCCCUGGUCACAUUUGGACUCAUUAUUUUUUAGGUUCUGACCCCAUUAUAGACAUACGUUUUCAUUCACAAGGCUUGUUGUGAUGCGUAUCCCCGUAGAUACCAGCACCAGCCGCCGCUUCACGCCGCCCUCCACCACUCUGAGCCCGGGGAAGAUGAACGAGCCACUGACGCUGAGCGGCCCGGACAGCAGCGCCGCCCUGGUGGGCAAACUGAGAAAUGCAGACCGGAACAUGGUAGAAGUCUUAUCUGACCAUCCUGGAGAAUUAGUCCGUACAGACAGCCCCAACUUCCUCUGCUCGGUGCUGCCCACCCACUGGAGGUGCAACAAGACCUUACCUAUUGCCUUUAAGGUUGUGGCAUUAGGGGAUAUUCCAGAUGGGACUUUGGUGACGGUGAUGGCCGGGAAUGAUGAGAAUUAUUCAGCAGAACUUCGAAAUGCAACAGCAGCUAUGAAGAACCAAGUGGCUCGCUUUAAUGAUCUGAGAUUCGUUGGGCGAUCUGGAAGAGGGAAAAGUUUCACCCUGACCAUCACCGUGUUCUCCAGCCCACCACAAGUGGCCACAUAUCACCGAGCCAUUAAAAUUACCGUGGAUGGACCUCGAGAGCCGAGACGGCAUCGUCAGAAAACAGAUGAAUUGACAAAGCCCGGAAGCUUAUCAUUCUCUGAGCGACUGAGUGAACUUGAACAACUCCGGCGAACGGCUAUGAGAGUCAGCCCACACCACCCAACUCCCACUCCCAACCCACGGGCAUCGCUGAACCAUUCGACGGCAUUCAAUCCUCAGCCACAGAGUCAGAUACAAGAUACAAGACAAGUUCAGACGUCACCCCCUUGGUCGUACGAUCAGUCUUAUCAAUACCUGGGAUCCAUUGCCACGCCAUCUGUGCACCCGGCUACACCUAUCUCCCCAGGACGCGCCAGCGGAAUGUCAUCGCUCAGCGCGGAGCUGUCCAGCCGCCUGUCAGGAGCCUCCGACCUUACAGCAUUUAGCGACCCUCGAGUUGGGAUUGAUCGCCAGUUUUCAGCACUUCCUUCAAUAUCAGAUCCACGUAUGCACUAUCCGGGGGCCUUUACAUAUACCCCAACUCCAGUCUCUUCAGGAAUAGGAAUUGGUAUGUCCGCAAUGACUUCCGCCACGAGAUACCAUACCUACUUACCACCUCCAUAUCCAGGAUCAUCUCAGGCUCAAGGCGGUCCUUUUCAGACCAGUUCACCCUCCUAUCAUCUGUAUUAUGGAACAUCAGCUGGAUCGUACCAGUUCUCAAUGAUGUCGGGGGGAGACAGAUCACCACCUCGUAUUCUUCCACCUUGCACUAAUGCCUCGACAGGGUCCACUCUCUUGAACCCCAACCUUCCAAACCAAAGUGAUGUAGUAGAGACUGAGGGAAGCCACAGCAAUUCUCCAACCAACAUGGGUACCACACCGAGGUUGGAAGAAGCAGUAUGGCGACCAUAUUGAGAGGGACUGAGCCUGGAAGUCUUAUGAAGUCCAAAAGGGAAUUCACUUCAUUUUACGGACAAAUUGGUUUACAUGGCUGCUGGAAGAUAUGCUGAUGAAACUGAUUACUUCUGGCUUAACAAUGCUGUGAAAUCACAAAAUGAAGAGAAGAGAAAUGAUUUCAUACACUUGUCUUUUCCAAGUAAUAUAUGUUUCAGGACUUCAAAUUUUAAAGAUGGAGUCGGGGAAAACAUGUUUUCGCGUUUAACUUUUUAUUUGCGUUUCUGGAGGAAUUCUCAAUCUGUGCAAGGAGACAAAGAGGGCCUUGUAACUGAAAAUUUAAAUUAAAUUAUUUAAACAUUUCGUAGCAUCGAUAUAGACCAUGGCGCUUGUGAACCAAUCAUCUACUGUAAACCAGUUCAUAUUGAGUUACAUUUUGGCUGUUGUAUUGAAAUACAGUAAAAUACAGUUUGCCUUGGACGGAACUUUUGUAAAUAAAAAAAAAAAAAAAAAAAGGCUGCCCCUGUCUACUGGCACCUUAGACUUAUUAUUUGCUUUUCCUACUGCUUUCAGAUAUAAAUUGCCCUCAUUUUUUUUACAUAAACGUUGUAGCUUUUUAUGUUGAUUUCAGUACUCCGCAAUGACUGUUGUGUUAUAUGAACUGCAGAGCCCCAUCUGGGAUUUUUUUAUUUUUUUUUUAUUUAUUUUUUUUUGUGUUUAAUAUUUGGGGCACUUGUUGAGGAUGCUUGUGUUGUCUCUUUUAUACAUGAACAUUGUUUACAAUUUAAUGUUUUUGGAUAAUUUGUCCAGAAAGUCUACUAUAUUUUCAAAAAUGUCUUGCCAAAUCUGCAGAUUAUUAAUCUAUUACAAGUAACCUGUGAUAAUAUAAUGUUGUGCAUAGGUUAUCGAUGUAUUUUGCUCAGCCAACCAAAUAACAGUGAUGGUGAUCCUUGCCUGGUACCAAGAUCCCAGUGUGUUUAAUGCAUACUCUCAGCUCUCUUUAGUUGAAAAAAAAUAAUCAUUUUUUAAUGUUACAUUUUUAUUGUCCUCCGCUAAGAUCACAUGAAUAAAAUAGAUCAUGGAAUUAAAAGUCCCCAUAUUGUACGAUGUGAAGUUACUUCUCUCGGUUUAGAAUGAAAUUUCACCUUUACUUCGAUCGAGUUGUCCGUAAGCCUCAUACAUAUAUGAAUUUUUGGGCAAGCCUCACUCUAUUUGGAAUCAUCUAAUUUGCCAUCUUUUCUUCUGGCAUAAGGGAAAUGUUGGCUGGUGAACUAGUGAGGCUAUGCAGGAGAAAAAUUACUACACCUAUAGUGGCACAGACGGCUCUUUAUUGAUGCAUAUCUAACUCAACAUUGUUGUUAUACACAGUGGUGCAAGAUGCAAUAUCAGGUACCCACCCUGCUUUCUAAUAUAACAUAGCUGUCUGGCCAACUGGUGCUCAAACUACAUUGAUUGCUGUUGUUAUUGCUCUGUCUGAAACUGCAGUAGCAGGCAAGAUAGGAUGAGCAGCAGUUCGUCAGAUAAUAGUCGAGUCUGACACAGCAUGACUCCAAAGACACAUUAAAAAAAGUGAACUUUUCUCCCCCCCAAAAAAAACAUA